AUGGUGUCACGGAGACUCUUGCGUGCCGGGCGGUGGGGUCUGGUGCUGCUCUGGGGUGGCAUCUUGCCAGCCGGAACUCAGCCGCUGGUCAGUAAGACCGUGGAGUUGAAGGAGCACCUGCCGAUGCCACUGCUCAGCCUUGGCCUAACGGCCGGACAGGGCAUCGGCCUCCUCUUGGCCUUCUUGGCAGCUGGAGGCCGCCACAUCAGUGUCAGGAGCAGCAGCUCGUUUGACGAGCUCCAGGAGAUCGCAGGAACGGUUGCCGAUUCUGGGCUCUCGUGGUCGGAGAUCUUCGUGACGCUGCAGAUUGUGAACGAGGACCUAGGCUACGAUGGUACUGUCAUGGCGGUGGACCGGAUCAUGGGUGGGCUGGGCAUCGCAAGCAUUAGCCUGGCGCUGGUAGGCGCAGGGCGCAUGCGGCUGGAAAGUGGCGGAAAGGGCACAUUUAGCACAGAUCCUUCAUGUGCGCACAGCGACUUCGGCUGGGAGCUUUGCAUUGCUGGCAGCCUAGCGGCUGUGGAGCACAUGAAGUACAUGGGUACCGUGCGGGCCUUCGGCGCACAUGACUGGAGUGUGCGCUGGCUUCAACGCUUCUGGCCACUUCUACACGAACCUCUCUCGGCUAUGCUGCUCACAUUUGACACUCUUGCCACCAGCCAUCGGGCUUCUGUGAAAUAUUGCCUCAUGCGAGGAGUGCAGGUCAUCAUGGGGAGCUUCGUCGAACGACCAGGACGGCUUAUUCUGUAUAUGUUUUUCGAUGCGCACACCCACCUGGAAGCCUCGGCGGGACUUGCAGCAAACGCAGCAGCCACGACCAUGGUAGAUUGGUUGACAGCCAUGCAAAUCGCUGUGGUAUUGCCUUCCAACGUUGACCGUGGGGUUUUUGCCGAUUUUGUGCUGUCUGACGAUCGGCCCGUGAUGAAGGGGCCGCUGAUCGACACGCUGGAGUUCGCGUUUUGGCCGGUCGAGAUGACGCCGUUGCUGCACGAGAUCCUCCCGGAGGGCACGGAAUGCCCCUUUGAGCUCCACGUGACUGGCCUCCGCGAGUGCAAACUCGCCAUGAAGGAUCUUCGGAUGCUCGAAGAGGUUCACACGACCCAGACAGGCUCAAAAGGCUGCUCCUUGCACUUGGAAGACAGCUGCAGCUCCAUCGCAUGCGCGAAGCCACGUUACAGAGCAGACGGGGAGGUUGCUGGCACUUCCCGAUCAUUGCCAGUUUGUCAGAUCAAUGCAGCAAAGCUUCCGGAACAGGGGCGCACUCUGUUCCUAUCGAUGUGCAUGGGGCCUGAGUACUUUGAUAAAUUUUGUGCCCCUUUUCUUGCAUCGUUUCAAAUGGCAUAUGGACGAGCUCCAGCUGGAUGGCACAAGCUGAAAGUGUGGUCUGUGGGCGUGAACAAGUCCCAGCUUGAGCGAGCUUCAGAUUUGUUUUCUUCGUCGGGCGUGGAGUUCGAAGAGAGUAGUUUGGACGAAAUGUCUCGACGCUAUGCGGCAGAGCAUGCUGAAGGUAGUGGAGUCGAAGGCUACCUCCAUGAGGACCUGAAAGUAAAUGGCGUCGACGGUGCUACUGGAUGCUUCGAGUGCGACUUGGCAAAUUCCGCUGAGUGCCACUGCGAUCCGGGUGUCCACGAUGAGAAGGUGGUCUUCAAUAACAUUUACUUCCUGAGAUGGGUCGUGGCACAGUUUGAGGCGACGCGGGACUCUGGCUUUCAAUACAUGGUCUUCAUCGACUCGGACAUGCUUUUUCUGCAGCCGUUGGACCGUUUCCUUCCACGGUGGCCGGCCUCCGAGUGGGAAUAUGCCUUCACCGUCUAUGACAAGCAUCACAAGGUUCCAUGGGGAAUCAACGAGGAGGUGGCCCAAACCCGAAAUGGGUUUGUGCGCUUCAACGCUGGUGUGCAGUUCUUCAGGUACACACCCAGUGUUCUGCUGUAUCUUCGAAACUUGGUGCGGAUCACGCUCGAUUUCGUCGAACAGGGUCACGUGCAGUUUGCGGAUGAAAAUCCGCUGACUUGGUACUUGGAAGAGUUUAAAGGAGUAAGUCAGGCAGCAAUUGCUUGGGCAGUCGGUCUGGAUCACGUGCUGUACGAGGAUUGUCAGAUUUGCUGGCCGAAGAUCCGGUCGUUGCAAUUAAUGUCUGAAUAUGGUGAGCCCUUCGAGCUGAAGAUUCAGGGCCUUCCUGCCAGGCAGCUGAACCAAGCAGAAUCCGUCGAGGACGGUAUUCUCACCGAGGACACCUACAUCGUCCACCUGAAAGGCUUGUGGUGGCGCAUCUUGAUCCUGAACUCAACGGCGCAUCCGAUUCCCACACGUUGCUUGGCUUGGAACUCUGAUGCACACAAGCUGUGGACAUCCCUGUAUCUGGUUUGGCGGCCAGAGCACGUCGUUGACACGAUCAUCCGAAAUGGCGAGGGCUGUCCCGCAACAUCUUGGCUUGACCGUCCAGAAGAGCAGCUGGGCGUGGUUUCCAGCUCUAGCUCCGUGAACGACCGGGGUCGGGGAUGA